ACCCCUGCGUUGGAGAUAUGGCCUGCUCAUCUCGGUGUAGCAUGGAAAACACUGUAGCUGUUCUGAAGCCUUGAGCACCAGCUCCUCUUUACCUGUUGGCACUGUUUUCAUCUGUUACCUGUUUUCCACAAGUUGAAGCUUGUCAGCGGUCCUGUAUCGCCCAAGUUGACUCAUCGUCUGGAAGUAACACGUGAAAGCAACUAAGUGUGCUGUAGAUCCACUGUUUGGAGGUUGUGUCGCAUUCGGUAUCCCAAACCCUCGACAGAAAGAUGCUAACCCGGUGAACGUGAAUAAUUAAGUGCAAACACAAUGGGAGCCUUUUUAGAUAAGCCGAAGACUGAAAAGACGAAUGAGCAUGGUGCUGGAAAUGGGCUAUGCUAUGGCGUUUCCAGCAUGCAAGGGUGGCGGGUGGAAAUGGAAGACGCACAUCGAGCUAUUACUGGACUUGGACCUGACCUAAAGGACUGGUCAUUCUUUGCAGUAUUUGAUGGUCAUGCAGGAGCAAGAGUUUCUGCUCACUGUGCCGAACAUUUAUUAGAAUCCAUUGUGAAAACAGAAGAGUUUCAAAAGUCAGAUGUUACCAAGGGCAUUCGUUCUGGGUUCUUGAAUUUGGAUGACAGAAUGCGAAUGUUGCCAGAGCUUGCUAGUGGAGAGGAUAAGUCAGGGUCUACAGCCGUAUGUGCACUAAUUUCUCCCCGUCAAGUUUUUGUUGCUAACUGUGGGGAUUCUCGAGCUGUUCUUUGUCGAGCUGGACAACUAGUCUUCUCUACUCAGGAUCAUAAGCCAGUCUUGCCAAAAGAAAAAGAGCGAAUCCAGCGGGCUGGAGGAAGUGUCAUGAUUCAGCGAGUUAAUGGGUCCCUGGCAGUAUCAAGAGCCUUAGGAGAUUAUGAGUACAAGAAUGUUGAAGGCCGCGGUCCUUGUGAGCAGCUUGUGUCACCUGAGCCAGAAGUCUUUGUUCAUGAGCGGAACGAUGAGAAAGAUGAAUUCCUUGUUCUUGCUUGUGAUGGUGUCUGGGAUGUGAUGAGCAAUGUGGACCUAUGUGACUAUGUUCGAUCAAGGCUAUUGCUUACAGAUGACUUGGAAAGCAUUUGCAACCAAGUUGUUGACACAUGCUUGUUCAAGGGUAGCAGAGAUAAUAUGAGUAUUGUGCUGGUGACGUUCCCAGGAGCCCCUAAACCCUGUGAUGAAGCCAAAUCGAAGGAGUCCGAUAUGGAAUCAGUCUUAGAGAGGAGGAUAACUGAACUUGUUCGUGAAAAUUUGGAUCAUGUGGAAUUCCCGUAUCUGAUUCAACUUUUGCAAGAUGAGGAAAUUUCUAAUCUCCCACCUGGUGGUGGAAUCAGUGCAAAGCGGGACUUCAUUGUUAACGUUUAUGAGAGGCUGUGUCCAAAUCAACUAGAAAGUGUUCUAAACUUUGAUGGCCUCUAAAAAUCCUGUACACUGUAAGUUUCUACCCAUUUUUUUUAACCUGUUUCAUGAUAAAAAGGAAAAAAAACUUUACUGCAAUAAAAUUAUCUUUCCUCUUUUAAUUUCUCCUUUAUCUCUGUGGGUCCUUUUUUUUAUCUGCAUUUGUAUCAAAUUUUAUAUAAUUUAACAGUCACAUAACUUGUCUUAUGUAUAUUUAUAUAUCAUUUGUUGUGUACAAUGUAUGUUAAUUUGUAAAUUCUUCCUUAAAAAAAAAUCAAUGUUAGUUAGAAUUUGGUGUGAAUCCAUUGAUAUUGGGUACAACUUCCUCACUCGCAACAACCUUCUUACCAUCUAAUUUGGCCAAAUUUUGCUUCAUCAUCAACUAGUCGUGAAACUGAUCAAAUGCAACUAGGUCUAACAUGAUGGCUAAUUAUUUUCACUGCUGACCCAGGUAUCAUGAAUGUGAUAGCAAACCUCCAAAGUGCUCUGGAAAUAAAUAUUUAAACAAAACUAAAACAAAAAAAAUAAAUAAAAAUUAAACAAUCUUAAAUAGAUUGGAAUAUGCAGUAUACCCCUCAGUGUCAUGUGCUCUAAUUUGUUUGAAGGAGUGAGGCAGAUCACCUACAUUAUGAUUAAAGAUCAGCAAUGCGUAUUUUUAGCUUUGCCAAUUUUUGUGGUGUCUGUCUUAGAUUAGUGUUGCCUUACUAACACUGUAAUUCUUGUGAUAAUAUGGAUGGACUAUUGUCCGUGAAGCAUUUUUGCUACAGGCUCUAAAUUUCUAUUGGAAACAAGGGAGAUUUGACGUACAGUGACUUGAGCUUGGGUUAAGACAGCCUCAGCUGCUGACAACCGUGAUACCUCAUGCCAUCUUGCUUUUGAGUUGAAUGAAUUGCUUUUUCAUUUCUCGUUCCUUUGUUUUAUUAUGAUUUAAGGUCAAAUGCAAAUCCACCUAUUUGAAAUCACUGAAAGUCAACUCGAUGGUCUCUAUUAUUUACUGUUUUGCAUUUUAGUGACUAAGAAGAGUUUUCUUUUGUAUGAUUAUGGAAUCCAGUAUGCUUACUACUCCUUUCUAAGAAUUUGCAUCAAAAUGUGAUGAAUUAAUUAGCAUGUGUAUGGAAGGUUUGUUGAGUACAUUUUCGUAGAUAAACGUUGUUAUACAAGUGAACUGAAUAAAGCAGUGAAUGGUA